UCGGCGUACAGUAGAUGCCAAGAUGGCUGCAAGCAAUUAUUAUGGGUUCACGCAUGGUGCCGGCCCGCAGUACAGCACUCAGCCUCCGCCGGCCUACGCCCACCCCACCACGGCUAGCUACAGUGUCCAGCCGGCCCCUGCCGUGGCCCAUGCAGUGACGGCUUCCUAUGCGUCUGCCCCUGCACAGCCGUCUCGGCCCGUGGCGUCUGCCCCCUACGCGGCAGCCUACCAGACCCACCCCGCCCCCCCGGACUAUGGCUACCGGCAGCCGGACCCUGUGCCCCAAAGCACCACAACCCCACAGACGUACCAGCUGCCGGUGUACACCGAAACGGAUAACUACAGUUACGGACGGCCACCUGCAGUUACUAAUUAUGAGACUAAGCAGUACUACCAGACAAGUACAGCUACCGUCCAGCGUACACCAACAGAAGCUUACUACCAAACAGGUGUGAAAAGUGGCUACAGUCCAGUCAGCUCAGCGUACAGCCAGCCCCCACCACCACAGAGGCAGGUCACGGCUUUAAAGCCCCUGGCCCCCGCCAACGCGGUGUCCACCAGCUACAACAUCUACCCGGUGUCCACCAGUGUACAGCAGCCCCCCAUCUCAUCUUACACCCCCUGCUCGUCCUUCAACUCCACUGCUGCCACCUCCUACUCGGGCAUCAGCUACUCCACGUACGACUCGGGUGGCUACUCCUCUACCCCCUCCUACUACCGGCCUGCUCAGCUGCCCCCUCCCCAGGCCCCACCGCAACGCCAGCCGCCCGUGCCGCCCCCACCUAAGCAGCUCACCAGCUCCUCCUGGAGCAACUCGGGCAGCAACAUGGUGGCCACCCCCGCGGUCAAUGCCUACAAGAAGCCCAUGUUCCACCAGAGCAAGCUGCAGAAGCCCAAGGGGCCGCCAAAGCAGCCACAGCUGCACUACUGUGACAUCUGCAAGAUCAGCUGCGCCGGCCCGCAGACGUACCGGGAGCACCUUGAGGGCCAGAAACACAAAAAGAAGGAGGCCGCUCUGAAGACCGGCGGCACAGCCGGCACCGUUGGGCCCCGGGGGAUUCAGACCCAGCUUCGCUGUGAAUUGUGUGACGUUGCCUGUACCGGCGUAGAUGCAUACGCCGCCCAUAUUCGAGGCGCCAAGCACCAGAAGGUGGUGAAGCUCCAUACCAAACUGGGCAAACCUAUACCUUCAACGGAGCCAGUGUUAGUCAACACCGCUCCAACUAUCUCACUGUCGACGGCUGGCAAGACGACACCCGCCGUCGUCACUGCAACUGCCUCUGUAGCGCCGCCGAAGCCUGUGGUCGUCAAUGCCGCCAAGGCGCCGACCCCGGUGAAGAAGCCGGUCACGCCCAAACCAACCCCCCCUAACAAGCCGGCCACCCCUCCAGCGGCCAAGCUGGAUGACGCUAAGCAGUUAGCGACGGCGUCUAAGAGCGAGACCACGAGUGACGAUGAGGACGGGGAGGGAGCGGGGGGUCAGAGGGACGUCCAGCCGGUGGGACACGACUAUGUGGAGGAGGUUCGUAAUGACGAUGGGAAGGUGAUUCGCUUCCACUGUAAACUGUGUGAAUGUAGUUUCAACGACCCGAACGCCAAAGACAUGCACCUGAAGGGACGCCGGCACCGGCUGCAGUACAAGAAGAAGGUGAACCCAGAGCUCUGUGUGGAGAUCAAGCCCAGUAACCGGGCCAGGAAGCUGCAGGAGGGCAAGCUGAGGAAACAGAAACAGAAGGCUGUGCUGAAGAGGCAGAGGGAUGAUGAGCAGCGCUGGCACCUGGAGAUGAGGUCAGAGCCAGACAGCAGCUGGCACACGGAGAUGAGGCGGUAUGAGGAGGACAUGUACUGGAGAAGGAUGGAGGAGGAGCAGCUGUACUGGGGGGACCAAAGGCGCAGGAUGGCCCCGCCUCCACUGAUGAGCAGGCCUGGCAUGCCAGUCCCUCCCUUACUGCAGCCUGUGCGCCGGCCUGACUCCCCAGACGACAGGCACAUCAUGGCAAAACACUCCACCAUUUACCCCGUGGAGGACGAGCUACAGGCCGUGCAGAGAAUCGUCUCCCACUCUGAGAGGGCUCUUAAACUAGUGUCUGACUCCCUGCUGGAGAAAGAGCCUCCCUCCUCUGGCCCAGCAGCCGCUGCUCCUCCUAAGUCUGAUUCGGAGGCUGAUGCUGUGGAGAAAGGCCCGGACACCCAGGCCGCCCGUAUGCUGAAGGGGGUGAUGAGGGUGGGUAUUCUGGCCAAGGGCCUGCUCCUUCAUGGGGACCGAAAUGUGGAGCUCAUCCUGCUGGCUGCCAAGAAGCCUACCCUUGCACUACUGAAGGAAGUUGCUGAGCAGCUGCCCAGAGAACUGGCGACAUUUUCUGAAGAUCAGUAUGAGGUGCAGGCUCACCCUGAGGAAGCCAACAUCGUGAUUUUUUCAAGCAAGGAGCCCAAAAUGCAGGUCACCAUCUCUCUGACCUCGCCGCUGAUGAGGGAGGACCCUGUCCCUGAGAAGGAGGAAAAGGCAGGAGACAAAGCGGCUGAGAAAGGAGUUCCUGAGAAAGAUCCUCCUGACAUUCUGAACCGGAGAAAGUGCCUGGAGUACCUAGCUGCUCUGAGACAUGCAAAGUGGUUCCAGGCUCGUGCCAAUGGUCUUCAGUCCUGUGUGAUCAUCAUUAGAGUGUUAAGGGAUCUGUGCCAACGAGUGCCAACCUGGGGCAAGAUGCCCGCCUGGGCAAUGGAGCUAUUGGUAGAGAAGGCGAUCAGCAGUGCCACGGGGCCCCUCAGCCCAGGGGAAGCCAUGCGAAGGGUCCUGGAGUGCAUCGCCACAGGCAUUCUUCUGCCAGAUGGUCCUGGGUUGCUGGACCCCUGUGAGAAAGACCAAACCGAUGCUCUUGGAAGCAUAACCAAACAAGCCAGGGAAGACAUUACUGCCAGCGCACAGCAUGCUUUGAGACUAUUGGCAUUCCGUCAAAUCCACAAGGUUCUGGGGAUGGAUUCUCUUCCGGCGUCUAAGGCCAGCGCUCGGAACCGUAAGCGCAGGCGGGAUGGAACUGAGACAGGAGAAGGAGAGGGGGAGGGGAAGAAAGACAAAAAGGAGGACGCAGAAGAGGUGGAUGAUUGAUAUCUGCCAGAACAGUGUUAGCCUGGGCGCCUGUCUGGUUCUGCUGCUAAUGUUAGCCUGAGAAUGAUAGAGGAGUAAAGCACAAGCAGACUGGCAUUCAGGCUGGAGCAGGUUAGUAGUCAGGACUGGCAGAAUGUCACAUACUUUGUUUGUUUUUAUUCGCAAAAUCUAUAUGAAUAUAACUGACUUAGUCAUUACAUUUCUCUCUCCCAUAGAGGAAAGAGGGAAUGUGGAGGAGAGAGAGAAAGAUUAUUUAUUGUCAUUCUCUUCCAUGCAUACUGUACUGUAACGUACUGUAAAUGUACUUAUGAUCAUGUUGAAACUUGUCUUUAACAUCACUAACUGACUGAAGUUUCAAGAGCUAAUGAAAGAUGGACUGAAUCCCGAUCUGGAUCUGCUUCAGGUCAACUCCUUAUUAUAUUGAGAAUCAGAGAGGUUUGCUACAGCACAUACUGAUCUGGAACAAUGCUAAAGGGUUAAACCAUUCCAUUUCCAGAAUAUUUGGCCACUUCCUUAAUAAAGCCCUCCCAUUUACAAUACCUAUACCAGCCACUGUUACUUAGCAUUGUUUAUUAGUGACAUAAUGUUAAGUAUUCUUACAUUGACACCUACAUUUUAACAUGGCACUUCUUAGUUGAAUAGGAGCUUUAUAAUUUUAUUGUGCAGGUCAGUCCUGUGUUUGUAGGAAACUAAAGACUGCAAGAGUUCCUUAUUUAGAUGCAUGUAUUGAUGAGUUCUGGAGAAAAUAAUAGGUUUUGUGGAUGGGUUUCGGGUGAGAUUAUAAUAUUUAGAGGUUUUAAAGACAAAGACAUGGAUACAGUAAAAUGAGUUUAGAAAAAUCCAGUUUAUUAUGCCUAAAUUCUAGGCAAAGGCUAAUAAAAUAAAGCUGUAAUUAAUAAAGACUUCAACAGCCUUUUGAAAAGCACUAUAGUCAUUAUCUAUGCCGAUACCUGAAAACACAAAUCUUUGUACAGGAUGGGAUUGCACCAACAAAACACUUUGAAAGCUUUUAAGGAAAUCAUUCAGUAAUGGAAAAUGGUUUGUCAAAGAGGAGUUAAUGAAUAGCUCCUAUGUUGCACAGUAUAAGUCUAGCAUGCUGUGAGAAUAAAGCACUUAUGAAACAAGAACUAUGUUAUUCAACCCACUCUCAUCCUUUUGCGUACAUAUAACACGGGUUCAUACAAUGUCGUGCUAUGCAUACGCCAAAGUCCUUUUUUGCGUGCAGUUGAGACGCGAUCUCCUCCCAUUAAUAAUAAUGGUAGUCACCAACUGAAACCUAUUUGACGUCACCAUCAUCGAGGCAUGGAUUUCCCUAAGAGUGACUAAUCGUUUAAAAGCCGUAGAUUAACUUUUUUCUUGAAAGAACGUAAAAGGGUAAAGGUAAAACUUUAAUAUCGCAUUUAUUCACGAUUGUUCUUAAUUGGAGGAGAUCGGGUCUGAACUGCAAGCAAAAAAGUACUUUGGCGUAUGCAUAGCACGAAAUUGUGAAGUGUGAACCUCUGUUAUAUGUACGCAAAGGGAAGAGAGUGGGUUGAUGUUAUUAUAUGCAGCCAUAUUUGUAUCAUUAAAAAUUGCUUCUUAAAAUCGGUCUUUUGUUGAGUCUUGCAGGAGGAAUAUGUCUUGAGUGAGGGAGAACUGUAGAAAUAUGUAUAUCUACUGAAAUCAUCAAGGGUUUAUAGUCUUAGACUUUCUUCCUUGUACCUGCAUUGUUUUGUGAAUAGGAGAUCGUACAUCAACGUAUGGACUUAAAGUUCUUAAAAGGGGAACAUUUAAAUAAAUCUAUACUGUAUCAUGCAUUAUAUUAAAGCUCUUAUUCAUGUGAUGGUUGAGGAACUGAGAUAAAAUGCACAUAAUCUUGGGCAUUAUGACUUUUGUAAGAAGCUGCUUGCUUUUCACGUGGAUUUCAUUUAAGCAUCACAACACCCCUUUCAAUAUUUUGUUAUAUUUGGAGGAUGUUGCAAUCUACUUUGUAUUGUUUAACGGAUGGAGUGUUAACCUUAUUGUAAUAUUAUUUGAAUGUCUUUGUAGUGCCGCCUAAAUCCAAGGUUGAAUAAUAAAGACUUAUAACCCAUGUUGA